GAAAGAUAAGAAAAGUUGGGAAAUUCGUCGAUCUGCACGGCGCUUGGAACGGUUUGCGAUCAACAAGAAGGGUGACGAAGCGUGAACGCAAAGUUUUUACCGGUCAUUAUGGCUGCAGGCGAAGCACAGCUGCUGUACGAACUGCGGAACGUGGGGUAUGAGGGACCGUUCUUGGACCAGAACUACGCGUCCACCGCCAUCCUGGCCGGUACGCAGAGCGGAGAGUUCCAGGACGUGGUGAUAUGGCUCACCGAGGAGAUCCGGGUGCUGGGUAAGCUGGACGAGCGUAUCUGCAAGAGUGAGGACUCGAGCACCUUCAUCCUGGAGCUGUCCGGCUUUCUGAAGGAACUGCUGUGCCCGUACACGAGCCUCACGUCCGGCCAUGUCACGGAUCGAUUUCAAACGCUCGAGGCCAAGCUGCUGCUGCUGGAUUACCUUGUGAACGAGCUGAUGGCGUUGAAGAUGCUGGAAGCGUUAAAACCGACGGCCAAGUCCAACGUUAUCACGCUGCAUGAGUCACCGACGGCGGCGGCGCUGAAAGACAUCUGCAUCACGCUCGGUAUGGGCAAGCCGCCCAAUAACGUGCCACCGAAGAUGCUGUUCGAGAAGAUCAACUCGCACCUGGACGAUGUGCUGCGCUCCGAGGGUGACAAUCGGCUCAGCAAACCCCUGUUCUGUCCCAAGCAACGGCUGACCGCGGAACAGUGGGCCAAGCUGGAGCGUGUGCAGCGUGAACUGGACGAUGAGUACGAUCUGCGGCGCAAGAUGUUGCUCACGCGGUUGGACGUGACGAUUCAGAGCUUCAAGUGGUCGGCCCGUGUCAAGGACAAGGAGGGCACGAUCGCGGAACGUUACGGCGAGAAGCGCAAGAUUCUGGAUUCGCUGCAGGCAGGUGGCCGUGAUACGGACAUUGCGGCACUGCUGGGCGCCCGUGAAACACUGGCCAUCAUAGAGAAGACGAGCAGCGCGGGUGUGAGGAAGAACACGAAGAGCAAAAUCCAACGACACAUCAUUGGCAUGGUCCCGGACCGGGGUGGUCGUGCGUACGAGCAUAAGGCACCAGCACUGGAGAUGCCAUCCUGGCAGACGCAACGCAGCACCGGAGGUGGGGGCGGUGGCCGAGGAGGUGGUGGCCGGGGUGGCUUUGGAGGUGGUGGUAAGGGUCGUGGCGGAGGCAGUGGCUCUGAUGGGGGAUAUAACCAACAACAGCAGCAAAAUUAUUCCAACAAAGGAUUCAAUCAAGGCGGCGGUGGCCAAGGCUACCAGGGCCAAGGACAAGGAAACAGACGAGGAAGCGCUGGUGGAUUCCACAAUCAGCAGGGAACUAACGGUGGCGGAGGUGGUGGUGGAGGUGGCGGCUUUAACCAGGGCGGCUACAACCACAACCGAGGCAGCCGCGUGCAAGGUGGCUGGACACAACCCCAACAAGAUUACAACCACAGCGGCUAUUCCUCAAACUCAAGCCGUAGCAGCUACAGUGGCAACGAUCAGCAGCAACAGCACUUUGGUAACAAUCGUGGAAACUAUGGAGGCGGUGGUGGCUAUGGUGAUCGAGGAUUUAGCGACAACCGUAACAGCUUCGAUAAUAACGAUUACAACAACCGUGGUGGUGGUGGUGGUGGUGGUGGCGGAAGAGGCCGAUCGAAUUACAAUCGAGGCGGUGGAAGGCGAUAAUCGUAUUGUUCCUCUGCAUUAUGCAUAACUAGUUUCCUUUCCAUCUGUAAGCCCAUCCUCCCCAAAAACGAAUCUUAUUUAUAAGCAAUCCCAAUCUCCCCAUCCGCGAUCUUCUUUUGCCAACCCGAUUCUGUGGGCAUCCCCUUGUCCAAGAUAUUAAUAAAGAAAUAUGGUUUUUCGUAGAAA